AUGCAGCUCACUCUUCUUCUGGCCCUGGCAUCGACAGCCCUCGCUGUGCCUCCCAUUUUUCUCUCACCUCCGAGCCCCAAGGCCCCCAACCACACCAUUUCCGACUGGAAUCAGCGCCACUGCAACGACGACAGUGAGCAAUACAUCUCAAACCCCUCGUUCGAGGACGGUCUCAAAGACUGGACUCCUGGCGAAGGCGACGACGUCAGGGUCCGGGAGUAUGACGAGUGGAACACCUCCUCUCUUCGCUUCAGACUUGAGGAUGGAGAGCGCUAUCUAUUCAUGACCUCGUCUCACUCGGAGAGCAGCAUCUCCCAGUCGAUCCGAGGAUUCAACGAACCCUCUGUGACCCUCACCUAUGACUGGUCCUACGAGGUCAUCGGCGGCAGCGAAGGUGUGUCCGAUCUGGACUGCACCCUGACCACCUCGUUUGGCGGCGUUCCGGUGUGGUCUUGGAGACGAGGUGGAGCUGGCGGUCGAGGUUCAGUGACGACCACCUUCUCGUAUGUCAGCGGCGCGGAUCUCACCAUCACAUUUUCGUGCGACAAUGACGACUAUACGGGUUCUGUGGGGAUUGACAGCGUCAACCUCUACGGUUGCUACCUGGGUCAGGAUUGA